UUUCCUUUCGCUAUAUGUUUUUCCUCCUACGACCGCAUCUCCGUUUCGUUCGUCUCACCAACUCUCGAUUCGCUUCCUUUUUCGGCUCACGGCUCUUGUUUCACGCGAGUUUCUACCUACCGGAAAUGAAGAACGUAAGUUCGCACCGUGAGAGUGGUUCGCCAACCUUUCUCGCCCGUUGGAACAAAGAAUCAAGAGAUAGAGUCAAGAGAAAAUUUUGUUACGGGCAAUCAAUGUAGACGCGACGUGGACCGGGAACUAUCGGAAAGUUCGCAGCCGUGUGAGACAACGAAGAACGAGCAAAGAGCAAGAGACGAGAAAAAUAGGAGGAGGAAACGUGAUCAAAGUUCGCCACGAUCGUGCGACGGCGCUUACGCCUACGCGACGAAUCCACCUGAACGACAUAAUUUAUGUAAUAUUUCACUGCUCGUAUCAAGUCAUCGUCGAUGUCUUAUCAGUUCCGCGAAGAAGUUGAUUGCUCUGAUUUAAAAGCAUACGGUAUAGCGUUGAACCUUCAGUCGAGAACCAUGUGGCGGAUGUUGUUGUUGCUGUGCACGCUGCAAUACGCGCUCUGUUUCCAACCUCGGAUUAUAGGGGGGCAGGACGCGUACAUCACCGACUGUCCAUAUCAGGUAUCCAUUCACGAUCAACAAAAACUGUUAUGUGGAGGCUCCAUAAUCAGCCAAGAUUGGGUGUUAACGGCGGCACAUUGUGUUUCAAGCUUAGGGGCCUGGGAACUUAAAAUUCGCUUGGGUAGUACUUUUUACAAUAAAGGUGGCACGGAGAUCAAGCAGGGGCUUCAGGUAAUUCGCCACCCACAAUACAAUAGCAAGACAUUGGAUUACGAUGUUGCUUUGAUAAAGUUACCGCAGAAGAUAUCUACGAGCGAAACCAUGAAACCGAUCACCCUGGCGUCUUAUUCGAGCUCGGUAAACGCCAGAGAAAAAGCAGUGGUGACAGGAUGGGGAUAUGUGACGGAGAACGGUCCGAUGUCGACCUCGUUGAGAAAGUUGACGUUACCUGUCCUAGACCAAAAGGAAUGCAAAAAGAUUUAUAGUAACGCAAACAUCACGGUGACGGACAACAUGAUAUGCACGGACAGUCCAAACAACGAAGACGCUUGUGAGGGUGAUUCCGGAGGACCGUUAGUGUAUAACAAAGUCCAAAUUGGCAUCGUGUCUUGGUCCUUGGGCAAAUGCACAGAUCCCAGGUUUCCCGGAGUGUACACGCGAGUUUCUGCUGUGCGACAAUGGAUAAAGGAGAAAACGCAAGUGUAAAAUUAAUGUCCCUCGGCGUACAACAAUCCCGCAAGUCUUAAAUUUACAAAUAACGUCAGUAAAUUUUUGAUAAAGACUGAGAAUAAAAGUACGU